AUGACUGGCCAUCAUCAGCUUCUCUCCAGCACAACUCUGCUUGGAGACGAUUUCUUUCUUCACACAAAAGCUGCAUGCAGAAAAUUCAGAAAAAUUCUUUCGGAUGAGAUUAAAACGAGUAUUGAAUUUAAUCACAACCAAAUUUAUAUCGUUGACAAGAUUCAAAAUUUCGAUAUUCAUGUCUUCACCACAGAGGACCUCGAAAAGAAAGUACUUCCAUCAACUAUCAAAUUCAAUGCACUUUCAUGGAAGUAUGGAAACAAGGAACAACUAUGCUUUUUGGGUGAAUGUUGUGUUUCGUUGAUUUAUUCAUUCGCUUCUCAUUCCAUUUUUCAUUUUCAGCAAUUAGUAGAAUUGAUUGAAUAUUGGAAAGAAAGAGAAUCAUCUCCUGUAUCUGCAAUGCUUGAAUUAGGUCCUCUAUAUUGGAUUAAGCUAGCUUAUAAUCAAAUUAUAAAUACAAAUGCAGGAAAGAAAGUUGUGAACAAUCUUCAGCCAUCGAAAUGGUUGGAAUUAUUAGAAAAUAUUCGAAUGAAACAGAGAAGUCCAACAAGAGAUUUAAACGAACUUUUGGAUAAAUUAUCAAGAGUGGAAUCAUGUCAUGCAUUUAUUUGUGGCCAUUUAAUUGAUUUUCUUCACAGAUUUCAAGCAGUGAGAACCAUUGAUGAAAUUAAUGACGUUUCUCUUGAUUUUUUGAACUUUGUGGAUGACUUGUUUAUGGGAAUUGAUGCAGAAGGAAAUGUUGUAAAUGUGAUGGGAGCUACUAUUGUAGGAGCCCAAAGUUCUUCUACUCGUUCUUCAUAUGGCGUCGUUCCAACGGGUGAUGUUUUAUUUGAAAGACAUUUCACAGUUCAUCCAUUGCAAGAAGAAUUUCAAAAACAAUCACAAAUCAUUAAGAGAAGUUUUUUUCAUAGUGGUAUUGGACCCAUUCAAGAACAGCAAGAUACUUGUUAUACACAUCCUCUUCACAUGAGCAAUAACAUUCCUCACAUGUGA